AUGUACAUCGAGUUAACAGGCCUCGUUGUCUGCGAGUUUUUGUGCGAAGGAUUCGAUUCGACUCUCCCACCUGAUGUUGAUUUGAAAGCUGGUGAGCAAGACGCGGGUGACAAUGAAAUGGUCACUUUAGUAUCCGGCUUUACUGCUCCAUCCUAUUUCCCCGUAUGA